UCUGGUGAACUGCGACAGUCUCGUCCCAAUCCCGGCAGUGACCACUAUAGAGUCAUACGAAGACAAGUAGUCACUGGUCCCGGCCAGUUGAUAAAAAACAAUUUGUUAUUAAUACCUUACACUAUCGAUAAAUUUAUAUUUAAAUUAUUAAUAAUUAUGGUAUUAGCGCAUACUAUUAAAAGAGAGAUUUAAGAGCUUUACAUUAGCAUAAGUUAAAGCCAAAUUUCUAAAAUAUUAACUAAUUGUAUGUAAAAGGAACAUAGCAAAGCCCAAUAUUUUCAAAAAUAUAAAAUAAAACCAUGGCAAAUAUGUUAACUCCAUUUGUACAUUGGGCUCAAACAGAAAAUCAAGUAACAUUAAAGGUAGAUUUAACUGAUGUUAAGGAUGUCAACGUCGAUUUGGAUGAAAAAACAUUAAGAGUUAUUGCUUAUGGGCAAGGUGCUAGAGGGCUUAAUAAGUAUGGAUUUAAUCUUGACUUACAUUCAUCCAUUGACUCAGAGGAAAGUAAUUUUAAAGUAAUAAAUCGGCAGAUUGAUUUUACAUUAAAAAAGAGAUCUCCUGCAUGGUGGCCUAGAUUAACUAGUCAACCACAAAAGCCAUCGUGGUUGAAAAUUGAUUUUGAUAAAUGGACAAGUGAAGAUUUAGAGGAUAAUGAAGAUGAAAAACGAGAUAUCUGUAAUGAUUACCCUGGGAUGUAUGAUAAACUCCAUAAAGAAGAAUUUGGUUAUAGAAAAGAAAAUUUCAAGUUGGCGUAUUUAAUCAUUUACAAUCUGUGUCAGUUUGUUGGUUUUUCGUAUAUCCAUACUGUAAUGGGAAUAAUAUAUUCAAGAGAUGGACCAGCUUGUGUGAAAGAAACAUAUGCAGCUGUUGGGAAUGCAAUGAAAUUUAUACAACUUCUACAAUUUCUAGAAGUUAUGCAUUCGUUAUUUGGGUAUACUAAAAGCAGUACACUUAUGUCAUUUGUACAAGUUGGAGGCAGAGCGUUUAUUUUAUUUUGUAUGAUCGAAGCUGAACCACGAAUGCAAACAAAACCAGUUGUUUCUUAUCUUUUACUUGUUUGGAGUACAGUGGAAAUAUUUAGAUAUCCAUAUUACAUUACUCAAUUAUUAAAAAUAGAACUUCCACUUUUAACAUGGUUGAGAUAUACAAUUUGGAUGCCAUUAUAUCCAUUGGGUUUUCUUUGUGAAGGUAUCAUAAUACUGAGAAAUAUUCCAUAUUUUGAAGAAACACAGAAAUUUACUAUAUCUUUACCAAAUGCUUGGAACUUUGCAUUUCAUUUUCCAUCAUUUUUAAAGUAUACAAAUCUUCAUAGGUGGUAGUUUUGGGGAUUGGAAACUGAUAGAGGAAAGCAGGAACUGAGAACUUGGAAACCGGGGAAUUCCACGGAAGGGCCAGGGCUGAAACCCAGAACAUCACUAUUUUCUCUAGGGAAGGCUGUGCUACCAUGCUCAAUUCAAAUAGCAUGAUACAUAUAUGAGUACUUUCAUGCAAUCAUUUAUCUAUAUUUAUUUUGUUUCUGAGAUAUUUUGUGUUGAAUUUUUUAUCAGAAAAUUAAUUUUUUGUAAUAUCUUGUGCAAUUUAAUGCAUAGUGUUUUAAAUUAGUUAUUUGAGGUUGGCUAUAAAUAAAAAAUAAUUUUUAGUAUUUCUUAAAACAAAUGAAUAAAAGAAUGUAUAUUGUAUUUUCAUCAUUAA